AUGGCCAUGUCCCGCUUCCUGCUGCUGCAAUUUCUGCUGAUGCUCGCCGUCUUGGCGGUGUGGUCGAAGACAAAGAAGCCCACGUACCACUUCCAUCGCUCUCUGUACUCGGCGUAUGCCGCCCAGCAUAAUCCCCGGACACAGAAGAACUACAAGCGCCAUCAUCCUGUCUACCCGGAGGUGAAAACUGCACCUGUGCUGGGCACAGGCGAGGAGCCCCUCAUUAAACUUCGCUCGUCGGCCAUGACCGUAGUUUUGCACGAUCUGCUCGUGCGCAUCUACAACAACGGCCAGUUCCUGUGCGUGGGCACCGUCAUCACCGAUACCCUGGUCGUCACGGCGGCGACCUGCCUCGUCAAUGUGCAGAUUGAGGAGCUCACAAUCAAGAACUUCGAGAACCAGGUGAUGCCAGUAACGCAAAAGAACGAAAGCGAGCACUUCCAUGUGGAUAAGGAUUCGCUGUUGACCAUCCUCGAACUGAAGACUGCCCGCACGAACUCCAGUGUCACCAACAGCGAGGCCAUGCUGUGCGACACCACGCUGCAGCCCCGCUUCGUGGUGCAGCUGGCCACCUACAUACGCACCCGGCACAGUGUCCACACGCAGAACACCGAGGUGCUGCCUCUGGAGGAGUGCCGCAAGCGCAUAAAAGACCCCAGUGGCACGUUGAUCCACGACUCGAUGGUUUGCGUGAAGAACGCCAAGUACUCGACCAAGUGCCAGAACACCAUCGGCAGUCCCCUGGUCUACGAUGGAAAGAUCUGUGCAAUCAAUAUUAUGGGUCACAACUGUCCCGAACCCUUCGGGGUCGACGUCUAUAAGAUGGUCUACAAUGCAGCAGACUAUGUGAUGGAGAAAAUUAAGUUCAUUAAGAACGCCAAGCUGGACAAUGAUUUAUUCUAA